CUGCAGGGAAGUUAAGGACAUGCAGUGUAUCAGGGGUGUGGGUGCCUCCCGGUACCCCAUUUUGAUGAGAGAUCUGCCAAAAACGGCUCACUUGAGGCGGCCCUGGGCAGAGAUCCGCUGGGCUUGUGCGCGGCAGCAGAGGAGUUUCACCUCUGAGGACCGCCGAGGCGCCAAGGUUGAGAUUCAGCUCGACGAUGGCAGCGAUGGCACAGGCACCAAGGCCACGGAUGCCAAGAAGCCCUCCUCAUCUCGAUUGGGACAACUCAGCAUUGACGAGGUUAGGUUUGCCCACGUGGAGAGACAAAUGCCACGUGGAGAGACAAAUGCAGCGACAGACAGACAGACAGACAGACAGACAGACAGGGAGAGAGACUGUGAUGAAGUGCCUGCCUGCCAACAUGUCUGUCUGUCUGUCUGUGCAUGUGUGAGCAGGUGUUGUAUCUGUCCAAGGAGGCCGGCGUCGAGACGACCAAAGAAGUUCAGGCCAUCAUCAUGAAAUCGCCGCCUUUCUCACCGGUACACACAUGAGCCAACCACGGUACGGGGCCAGAGGGGCUGGUCAAGGAAUUAAUGUUUGUCCGGCCGUCCCGUCCCGUCCAUGUCUUUCAGGACAGGAGUCCGUUUCUGUUGGAGAAUUUCUUUGAGUCGUCGGAUGGCGGCGGCGCUGGCAGCCUCGUGACGGAGGCAGAUGCGGAGUUUGGGCUCCCCCGGGAUGUGGCGGAUGGGUUGGACCUCUGCCUUGACAAACAUGAUGCCCUCUCGCACCAAGUGUCCGCAGACCUCGAGCCACACGAGAGCGGCCGGGGCGGGGGAGGGCCGUCAUCGCCCGUGCAUACGGCUGGUGAGGAGGAUGAUUUUGAUGAUGGUAGUGGUGAGCUGCCCAAGGGCAGCCUGGGUGAGUUGGAGGGGGAGCGUGUGGGUGCGGUGGUCCACCCACCACACACACCACAGGGCAAGGGCGACACCGUCACGGCACACGUCGUCAACCAGAUGAUCCUCAAAGCCUUCCACGGCGGCCCUGACCAACAGGCCCACAAGGUAGGUAGGUAUGUACGUACGUACCCACACACCCAGCCAGGCAGCCAGGGGGAGAGAGCAGGCACCAUGGUCGAUGUUCCUUCCCUUCCCUCUGUCUGUGUCCAAUGUGUCUGUCUGUCUGUCUGUCUGUCUGUGUCUGCGUGUCUGUGUGUCUGUGUGUGUCUGUGUGGUUGCCCCCGUCCAGACGUUUGAGCACAAGGGUCGUGAGUGGCGUUUGGAGGCGGAGGGCCGAGGCACGCGUGCGCGAGCCGUCGCACAUGCCGUCAUCAAACGCGGGACGGGACAGGUAAACAGACAGACAGACAGACAGGCAGCCGGGGACGAGGGGGCGGUCGUGUGUGCGGUGUGUUGUGUAGAUAUCACAUACUUUCAGGUGCUGGUCAAUGGCGGCGCCGAUGUGUAUACAUGGUGGAACUACUUCUACAACAGGUCCGUCCCGUCCCGUCCACCCCUCCGUCAGUCGCUGGCUGGGGGGGCGUUGCGGCCCUGUCACGUCAUGUUACGUCACGCGGGCAUUCGUCCAAAUCCACGAGUGUUCUGUCUGUGUUGUGUUAACUGGCUGGCUGCAGGAUGGACGUGCUGCAGCCGUUUCUAUUGACGGGCACUGCGGGGGUUUAUGACCUGUUCGUCAAUGUCAGGGGCGGAGGGCCCUCAGGUCGGUCAGCCAGCCACACAGACAGCAACGGAGGGAGGGGAGGCUAUGUAUCUAAAUAUCAGUCAGCCACCACUACUGCACUCGCCUGUCCCUCCCUAUCUAUGCUGUGUGUUGUGUUCAUUCAGGUCAGGCGUGUGCGGCUCGUUUGGCGGUGGGUCGUGCGCUGGUGAGUGCCUGUGGGUCGUGUGCGGGUGACAUGCAGGAGGAUCUGGUGCUGUAUGACGACACACGCCAGAAGUGGCCCAAGAUGCCCGGCAGGAGAGCUGCCAGGAAACAGAGGCAGUGGCGCAAACGAGGAUAGACAGACAGACAGACUCACUGACUCUCUUACUCACCCACGAGGGACAUAUGUAUAGUGAAUGGGCAUGCAAUGAUUGCAGUGCAAUGCAUGUGGGGAAGCUGACUGAGG